ACACCGCGUACUCUCUGUGUGUGUACGUGUGUGUCUUGUAGGCCAAUAGUCACUCAGUUACACAAUUGCUUUCAGUUUCCGAGCCCUGCCUGCCUGUUUGCCUGCCUGCCUGCCUGCCUGCCUGGUGGCUCCCCGCCCACCGCUGCUCUCUGCUGCCUGCCUGCUUGCCUGCCUGCCUGCCUGCCUGCCUGGCUGCUGGGCGGACUGGGGCAGAGCCGAGCCGACCAGUUCCGUGUUCUCUCCUCAUCCAGUACGCGGACCAGACUGAACGGGAGGACCCGGCAGUGUCAUGGUGGACAUUCCUACCCAACCGCGGCAUCCAUAAGUCCGGAGGGGCAGAGGGGAAAGUGAGGACGGAGGUGACUUCAUUGGGAGUUAAAAAGCCAUCAGACAGUCCUCGGUCACCAUGUGCCACUAGAAGAAUGAAGACAUCAACAGCAGAUGCACUCCAGUGAUGAAUGAACACUCUGGGAUGAAGGCGGCUACACAGAAGUCAUCAGCUGACCUUUGACCCUUCAUGGAUUAAAAAUGGCACUUUGGCUGAGACAGGGAGGGAAAGCGAGAAAUCUUACUCUCUGGGAAUUAUGGGAAUAUAACAAACGUGUUUGAUUGAAGCAGGGCUACACAGACUGGACGAGCCUGGAGUCUUUCUCAUUUCAAUGGGCCUAACAUGGUUCAGUGAAAAUGGAAUAAAAUCUGAGUGGGAGAUGUGCCUGAAGAAAAAUUGAUUGCUAAAUAGAAUUUGAGUCAAGGAUGGAGCAGGAUUUUACACAGUAGGAUCAGUUAUCUCGCUCAGAAGUUGUGGAUAGUGAAGACUAUACUUGCACUAGCCUGGACUACCAUUAGCCAGUGUUGGUGAACUUUCAAACUCUUAGUUCAACUUCCAACUAAAAUAACUAAACAUAAUUGAACUUUAGCAGGCAAACUUAGCCUGUUAACAUAAACUUUUCCAUCUCUCCAAAGCUAGAAGGUGGUGUUUCCCUUCAGCUUCAAACUGUAACACUGACUCCUGGUCAGUAUCUUGCUGCAGCAUCCCUUAAAAAAAAAAAAAAACUCAAAACAUGGCUGCUACCGGAAGGAAGCACUUGGUCAGAGACUUUAAUCAUUUCAUUACCUGCUACCUAUGUCGAGGCUACCUGAUUAAACCGACCACGGUCACCGAGUGCCUGCACACCUUCUGUAAGAGCUGUAUUGUGCAGCACUUUGAGGAUAGUAAUGAUUGUCCUAAAUGUGGCAUUCAGGUCCAUGAGACUAACCCACUGGAGAUGCUCAGAUUGGACAACACCCUGGAGGAGAUCAUUUUCAAGCUGGUGCCUGGACUCAGAGAAAAAGAGGAACAGCAAGAACUUGAAUUCUGGAGGAAGAACCAGCCGAAAGAAAAUGGCCAAGAAAACCUGAGAUGUCAGAGGCUUGGGCUGCCCGAUGUUGGAGGCGACGGCGGUGAUGGUGAUGGUGACGAUGGUGAUGGUGGUGGCGAUGACGACUACCACAGAAGUGAUCCUCAAAUAGCCAUCUGUCUGGACUGCCUACGUAACACGGGACAGUCAGGGGAGAGCACUGUCACAGAUUUGAUGAAGAGGUUCAUCCGCUGCUCCAGUAGAGUCACUGUGGGAACAAUUAAGAAGUUUCUCAGUCUUAAACUAAAGCUGCCUAGCUCAUAUGAGCUGGAUGUGCUGUGUAAUGGAGAGAUCAUGGGCAGAGAUCACACUCUGGAGUUCAUCUACAUGACCCGAUGGAGGCUACAUGGAGAGAAUACAUAUCCCAUGGUUCUUGAGUACCGGCCACGCAUCGACUUUGGCUGAACUACGGCUGCAAGAAGAGGACCACACACACAUACUGUUACAUACAUACAUACAUACAUACAUACAUAAGUGUAGACAUACAUACAAGUAUAGAAUUAAGAACACCUACAUUUGCACGUGGAUGCAUACAAAUACACAUAAACACAAACAUACACUUGCCCGUAAUGUGCAGAGAAAGAGAAAGAUUUAAAUGUAUUUUUGUACAGCCAAUGAUGAAGUGCAUACGUUGUUAUGGUAAAGAGGUUUUAUGCUACAUAGAAUAAUAUAUGCUAUAAUAUAUGAUAUUUUUAAAUGUAUGUCCCUGUGCCUAAAAACCUGUUGAGAUCAGAAAUGAAGUAUGACCAUAUCUUCACUUUGCCUGUCUAACUCUGUAGAUUAAAUGUUGAUUUUUUACUGUU